AUGGGGGCCGUGACUGAUGAUGAAGUUAUAAGAAAGCGUCUCUUAAUUGAUGGUGAUGGUGCUGGUGAUGAUCGGAGAAUCAACCUGUUAGUGAAGAGUUUCAUUAAAUGGUGCAAUGCUGGCUCUCAGGAAGAAGGCUAUAGCCAGUACCAACGCAUGCUGAGUACAUUGUCUCAAUGUGAAUUUUCAAUGGGAAAAACCCUGCUUGUAUAUGAUAUGAAUCUCAGAGAAAUGGAGAACUAUGAAAAAAUGUACAAAGACAUAGAAAACAGCAUAGCUGGAGCACAUGAAAAAAUUGCUGAGUACAAAAAGCAGAUCCUUCAAGCAAAGCGAAUACGGAAAAAUCGCCAGGAAUAUGAUGCUUUGGCAAAAGUCAUACAGCACCAUCCAGACAGGCAUGAAACAUUAAAGGAACUAGAUGCUUUGGGGAAAGAAUUACAGCAUCUGUCUCAUAUAAAAGAAAAUGUUGAAGAUAAGCUGGAACUAAGGCGAAAGCAGUUCCAUGUUCUUCUAAGUACUAUCCACGAGCUGCAGCAGAUGUUAGAAAAUGAUGAAAAACUCUCAGAAGUGGAAGAGGCUCAGGAAGCAGGCAUGGAAACAGAGACAAAACUGUAG